AUGAGCCGUGGAUGUCACAUUGCCUUUGAGCAGUCUCUUCCGCAGACAUCAGCUGGAUUAACCUGGACUAACUGUUCGGAUUUAUUUACCUCAGACUAUCUGUCACUAAUUUUCGUCAAGAUGCAGAAACUUUCCAACAGCCGAAGAUGCGGUCAGUACGGCACUUCCACCAACCAGAUCGCUGCUCGCCAGCAUCUGAGACUUCACCUCAAAAGGAUCCGACAAAGGGAGUACGCCAAACUCAGGGCCAUGGUCCCUGCUGUAGCACAGAAAAAAUCCGUCUCAAAGGUUACUGUGAUAGAAGAAGCUGUGAAGUACAUAGACGAGCUUCACCGAGCCUUAGCUGAGCGGUUACAGUCUCGUCAAGGUUUCCAAAACGAGGAGAUUAACGAGCACAAUGUGAAGUUUUUGGUUCAGCACAUGAUGGCUCAGCAGAUGUCUCUCCAAGCGAACAAUAAUAACAACACGAGGUUUUACGAAGUCAGCCGAAAACAACCGAGCUGGACAUACACAGUACACGACGACAGCAGUCGGAAGUCAUAGUGUGAAAUCUAUAUACAGAUAUCAACAUCUAUACAAAUAUAUCCCAUUGGUGCUUUCCUUAAUUUGACUUUGGAACUUUGGACUAAGGUCACGUGGUGAAAUGAUCGGAGAUAGGAGGAGUUAUGGUGUGCAUUCACAAGCGAAAACCACCCCCAAAACAGCGCACUCUCCUGGACGUCUUUAUUUGUAGCAUGUACCAUUAAAUUAUGCAAAUCAGAUGACGUAUCCUGAGGACAUUAGCCAAUCUCCGUGCGCUCUUGCACACCACUUUAAUGCUGUAUAUUUUGUUAAUUUGUGCGAAUGGAGAGUAUUAGUGAGAAAAUGUGAACGAGAACAAGAUCAAGUAUAUGUAAAGUUUGCUUUCCAUAUAAUGGGCAAUUGUACAAAUGCAGUAUGUAUAUAAUAUAUGUUCAUAUUAAAGUUCGUGCUUCAGGCGCAUUUAUAUAUUUACAAGUA